AUGUCAUUUAAUACGGACAAAGAUUUCUUGGAUGAGAUAUUUAUGGCAGAGGAGAAGCAGUAUUCUGACGCUUAUCGUAAUGCCUUUGCAAUGAUUGCAGAUGACAAGUCAGCCUCGCAACUGUCCGAUCGAAGUGGCGAAUUGGAGUCAUCAUGGGUGCACGGUCUACAAUAUGGCGCUACACUGGGAUCAGAAUUGUACUCUUAUCAGGGUCUGGCUGAAGAAGUACUUGCUUCGUGGAGUGUUGAGGAGCACCUGGAUAGACAUCAUCCUGUCACCAUCGCUAAGAAACUCAUAGAACUUCUCAAUGAGUCCCCUGGACCUUUGGCGAGAUCAUGUGAGGAGUUUGCCAAGCAUCCUUCGCUUGAUGGCGAUUUGGCGCUUAUUCGAAAUAAGGCGAAAAUGCUCAUUAGCAAAUUGGAAAUUCACUCUCUUAGUAAGGGUGUCGAGGGGCUUGAUUUCUAA